AUGUCCAAUCCUGUCCCUGCAUGGCAGACCGAAGAGCUCCAGGACGAGUGGCCCGAGGAAGAGGAAGGCGCAGAAGAGGAAGAGAAUAAUUUGUCCUAUGGCAGCCGAUCCGUAUCUCUUACUGUACCCCUUAGCACCCACAUCCAUACCACUGCCGAUUUUGAACCCGACGUCACACCCUCUGGAAGUGGCCGGGCACCAGCUGGCACUUUUGUGGUGCGAGAAGAAGUUGCGCAUGCUCCUUUACUACCCAAGACACCAGGUCGGAACAAGAAGAACGCAAUUAAGGAUUUCUUUACACCACUGCCACUCGAAAGAAUGUUCGAACCUCCAUCACCACCAGUCCAGGAUGGACACGCUUCAAGAGCAUCUAAUCCAAGUCCAUUAUCACAUGUGUCAAAUGCUCAGACUGUGGAGGAAGUAGAGCAAGCUGAGGAAGAGGAAGAGGAGGAUGAAAUUAUGGAGACGGACAUGCCGAACAUGAAUUCUUUUCACGGUCGAAAAGCCACUCAGGGGUGUCAAUUCACGUUUGCCAUGCCUCGGAGCGGGCCUUCUCGACCAAGUCCUCUUCCGCAAGCGCAGAGCACACCAAAUCCACCGACAGUUGCGAACAACGUUGCUCCUCUCACAGAUCCCCGACUAAGGCUCUUUCAAUUUCAAUACGACACUUACACCCGUGAACAUCUGUCUGCACUGGUGGAUUCAAUUGCCAUUAACACCCCCUCUGGCACUGGAACUGGCACAACUGCCACUCCGACGAGCUUCAACAAUGGGUUGUCUCGUGUUUCUGAAGUGACUGGUACAGCUGCCAACAUGUCUCACAUGCGCAGUACGAAGCGUAUUAAACUCAGCCCUUCUAGCGACCUCUAUGGCGGUAGCCCUCCCCAAGCGACCAUCGCGCGUCCGAAAAUCUAUGGUAAAGAUUAUGUCGGAGAAUCUCUCUCCCUCAUGCAAAAAAUCAAGCAAGCCCGCGACUAUUCGACAAUCUCUACGGUCGCGAGUACUCAGACGAAUUCGCCUUCCGUCGUAGAGGAAGAGUCCGCGAAAAAGAAAUCGGACCGCUAUCUGAACUUGAAACAACAACAACAACCUUCUGGAUCCCAACGAAAACCUUCAUUUCUUGCUGUGCCGGAACAAACUAGCAGUAAUCCAUCAUCGUCUGGAACAGCUUCUCAAUCUACUUCUUAUUCAUCAUCAUCAUACCGCCAGAAAGCUGCAGCUCUCAUGGACCAAAUUAAGAGCGAUGUAAAGCGGCAGAAACGCAUCUUUUCAGGGGACACAGAAACCUCGCAUGUUACCACACAUGUGGAAGACAGUGAUACUUCUAUUAUGGCGAGCGUCAAGAGCGUAAGCGAUAUUAAGGAAAACUCUCGCCAUUCACACCGGCGAACGUCCUCUCUGAAAAAGAAUUUAAUCUCGCGGGCGAGUCCACGUAAACAAGGAAAACAAAACAUAGAAGAUACCGAUAUAGCGCAUAAUCUUUCCCGUUUAUCUAUUCAACAGCAACAACCACAACAACAGCAUCCCAUUGUCAACGUCACUCUAAUACCAGCAUCGCAAUCUGUAUUACCAUCUAAUAUACCUCACGAAAUUGGCCAAGAUGGCCAACAACGCGCACCGCCUCCAUCGAGUUUGGCACCACCCUCAUAUCCCUCAAAUUCAGUUCGAUUAUCAACCAAUGAAGACAUGAAUAGAUUUGUAUCAUCAAGCACUACCGCGUCGGGCACGACUAUUACCGCGGGUAGCGCGCCAUCAUUUGUGAAGCACGCUGGACCUGCUCACAUCCGCACCAUCGCGCCAACUGACUUGCCAUCACUCCCAGAGAGAUUUGGUGAUAUGUUGUUUGACAAGGUCAUGAUGCGAUGGGUCAAAAACACGGCUCAGGCAACGAUGGAUCCCGAGAAAGCAAUAAAUCAGACAGAAGAGCUUAGUGACGAUCCGUUUGGUGACAUUGAGAGUUUGCGCGAUGAUUCGAGGCCGGCGGAGGGAAAUACGCAACCUGCUGCGUCUCCCAGCCCAGAGCCACAGCAAGAGGAAGAACAAUUUGAGCACGCAGAAGAAGAAGAAGGGGCUAACGAGGACGAAGGUCCUGUGGUGGUCAGCGCUGGCGCAGGGGUUGGUGAAAUGAGCAGGAUCUCAGAACACUCUGAGGUGGAAGAUGCAGAGGAACUGGAACUGUCCAACUUUUCGACAGAUGCGUCUGUGCAAUCUGCGCAUAUAGUGCAUUUGAUGACAGGCGUGGACACGGCUGAGUAUGAGGAUGAGACGUCAGACUCGGAAGACGACCAUGAUCUGCAUACGGCGACGCAGAGAGCAGAGAUCAAUGAUGCGGAAUUUGACUCGGAAUAUGAGGAUUCGCCGUCGCGGAACAAUCGUACUGUUGAUGUAUUGUCGCCGCCGCGUAGAGUGCCUUCCGUGUCCGCCCCCGCCUCCGCUUCGGUACCCGGCCCGCUUCAUCCAGAGCAGCAGCAGCAACAGCAGCAACAAUUCCUCACUGUACAGACAGUGCAGGUGCAUGCGGUGACGUCGUUCAGUACGCCGAGCCGUGGGCAUUCCAGCCUGAUGGCGGGCACACCGGUCAUAAAAUCUGCGAUGAAGAGCAACAGCGUGACGCCAACUUCUGCACUGAAGAAUGGAUCGUAUCGGCAUAACUAUCAAACUCCAGAUCACAAGAAGGCGCACCACAGGUCAGUUAGCUUUUCUGACGGAAAACGGGAAGGUCCAAUUCAAGGCAUUGGUGCUUCUGGUGGAGGGCCCCAGUCAGUCCGGUCAAAGCGCAUAGCCGACUUGAUGGACGCGUUAGAGUACUCUGAUUUGGACGAGGAGGAUUCGCCUUCAAAAGUGAGCAGCUCUGGGCGACCAGAAGAGCUCCAGCCGUUAGGCUCUCGACAGCAGCGCGCUAGCGCGACAUCGGGCAGCAUUUCGCCUGCUAGUAAUGUGGGUGGAGCGACGUCUCCACGGCGUGCGUUUUCGAGGACGUACAGCAACGCCAGCAGCAGCAGUAAUAAACAGCGUGCACAAUCGUCGCCUGGAAGGCAGCAGAGCUUCGCGAAGGCGAAUGGGACAUUCCUGACAGAAUGCUCGUUUGGUGUCGCGCAUGAUAGGCUGGUAGAGGUGAUUACUGACGUGCAGCCGUUCGAACCUCAUUGGGAGGAACUCGCGUCAAUAGACUUGUCAGGCGCCAAACUGGAGAGUGUCGCACGGCUAAAGGAGUUCCUGCCCCGCCUUGACGCGCUUAGCCUGAAUAAUAAUGAGUUGGCUUGGCUGAGUGGGAUUCCGGGGACUGUUAGGACGUUAUCUGUCGCUCAUAAUUUUCACCUGCUCAAUCUGGAGAAUCUUGACAUUAGCAAUAAUGAAGUGGAAUCCCUGCGUCAGUUGGAAUGUUUGCGGCACCUGCGCGAGCUCCGGGCCGAUGGAAAUAAGAUAACGAGCGCGGAUGGGUUACAACGCAUGGAUGGGCUAGUGAAGCUUAGCCUUCAAGGGAAUGUGAUCGAGCGUAUUGAUUUUGGGCAGUAUCGAUGGAGCCGACUGGAGAUGCUGAACAUCAGUCACAAUUGCCUUGAUAGGAUGCAAGGACUAUCAUCAUUGCAAUCGCUGAUUGCAUUAAACGCAGAUAUGAACAAGCUGGGUGAACUAGAAGUGAGCGGGACGAUGGGACGACUUAGGAUUCUUCGCGUUAGUGGGAAUCGGCUGAAAAAUCUGGAUGUUGGGAGGAUGAUGAACCUUCGCACGCUCUAUGCGGAUAACAACGGGCUUGCGGGUCUCGUAAAAGUGGAUCGCCUGACUAAACUGGAGAACUUGAGUGUGCGGAAUCAGAGUAAUCCGCUGAAAUCUGAUUUCAUGGUGGAACCGUGCUACAAUUUGGUCUAUUUGGAGCUUGCAGGCUGCAGACUGACCGCGCUGCCCGAGGGGAUGGCGAGACUGCUGCCUAAUCUAAGGGUGCUGAAUCUGAACUACAACUUCCUGGAAGAUGUUCGGGCCCUGGAAGGACUCACGAGGCUGAAGAAACUGACGAUAAUUGGGUCCCGAUUGAAGAACAGCAAGCCUCUGAUCCGUCUGGCACAGAAGAUGCCGGAGGCGGAGAUGCUAGACUUUCGGAUGAACCCAUGUACACUGGGAUGGUACCUUCCUGUGCUGAUGUCGGAGGGCGGGGGGGCAGUGUCGGAGGGCGGGAGGGGAGGGGCGGGAUGGCAGGAACUGGACAGCGCAUUCCGACGGGAUCUGCCGGAUGGAGCAUAUAUCGGGCGGCUCGCGUACCGAGGGCUGAUUAUGGAAUCGUGCGCUGGUUUGGUUCAGCUGGACGGAGUGCGGGUGAGCUGGAAAGAGCGGCGAAAGGCAGGACAGCUAUUGGAGGGUAUUCUUGGACGGAAACGAACUGGCGCCAAAGACUCUGAGUUUAUAACUGACAUUUCGCCCUCCGUCACUCCGCCCAUCCUACUCCUACUCUUGCUUACAACCGCCCCGCCUCCCAGGCCCGACUCGCUCGACUACGACUCGCGCCGCAUGUCCAGCUCGGCCGCGUCGACCGCGGACACCGACAGCAGCAGCAUCCUCUCCCGCCCAGAAAAGCGCUCACUCACUCCCGCCGACGACCCCCAGCCAAAGAAACAGCGCGCGUCGGGCGAUCCUCCAGCAUGGGACAUCGAUUCCGCAUCGAGCACCCAUUCCUAUGAAAAACACUCCCCCGACGCCGCCCUCGACCAUGCCAAGGUCCAGCUGCCGUCCAUCUCCACCACCUUUGAGGACUCGUACCGCCACGAUGUCCGCCGCGCGUCUCUCCCCACUCUCCGCCAUGCCCCGUAUCCCCCAACCAGUCUCCGCCAAAACUACACCCACGCGCCAGGCACCCAGUCCAGUCUCUCCUCCUACACCUUCCCCGCACCCGCAGACGACCACCAGGACCGUCGUCCCCGCGUCUCUACAGACGUGCCAUUUGGCGGAAGCGCGUCUUAUGACCAGUAUCCCAGCUCCGGGUUGUCUACAGGCACAACGCCGUCGAGCUCGUUUUCGCACUUUAACGAGGUGCGCACGCCAGGGCUCUCUCCGUAUUCCGAGUCGGAGAGCUGGAAUCCCUCGCCGUCGGGCAUUGUACGGCCCAGCUCUACUCCAGGACAGCUAUCAAGUCCGGCCGUAAAAUAUGAUGACGGGUUACGCCAUGCCUCGUUUAGCGCGCCCAUGUCCCAGGCACACAUGUUUGGUUCGGCUCGCAUAUCGGGUCAGCACGAUCGUAGGUCCAUGUCUGGCAUAAAGGGCGACUGGUCUUUCCCAAACCAAGACUUUGUUCUCCCCUCUGGAAAUCAGCAAUACUCUCCCUCACUUGGUCCUGCUGCUCCCAACAUCUCCGUAUCCUCUCCAUCUCGCUCACCGCCCUCAAUGCCCUCCUCUGCCCUCGUCGACCGCCCCACCCGCAAGCGCGGCAAGCUCCCCAAGGAGACCACCGACUAUCUCAAGGCCUGGCUCCAUCGCCACUCUGACCACCCUUACCCCAGCGAGGAGGAGAAAAAACAGCUCUGCCAUGCCACUGGCCUCAGCAUGAGCCAAGUUUCCAACUGGAUGAUCAACGCUCGUCGUCGCAUCCUUGCCCCUGCUCACCGUGCAGCAUCUGGGCCCACUACCACCGCGCCAUUUCCCCCCUCGGGACGUAGCGCUUCUCUCUCUGGGCUCCUCGACCCCAUGGGUCGCCGGGCGUCUAUGCCUGCCGCUGACGCCCUCCAGCUCUACCACCCCAUGACUCUUCAGUCUAUGCCCAAUAGCCCCAACGGCCACCACCACUCUUCUGACUACAGCUCGCGCCACAUGAUGGGCAUGUCCUCUUCCAGGUCUACCCACCAUCUCGGCGGCGGUGGCGGCAUGUACGACUCCCAUAGCAGCAGCCGCCAUAUGGGGCUGUACAGCCAGGGCGGCUCCCAUAGCUCAGGCGGCGCUCACACGCAGUCGUCAGGGUAUGGCAUGUCCUCGGACGUCCCUCUCUCGGCGCCACCGUCACUGUCGGGCAACCCCUUCUCGUCGCACGGCGGCUCCCAUGGCUCUUCAGGCCAGGGCAUGUACCCUUCUCUCCUCCCUAGCCCCCGCUCUUCCAGCCAGCAGCAGUACUUCAACGACGCACCCUCCCACUCGGGAUGA